AUGCGAUCCACUGACGACGGAUCAGAGAAGAAUCUCGUCAUCAACUCCCCAAUCCUAAACGAUGUCUGCCCAACAGCAGAAACAAAAUCGAAUUCGACAGCAGCUAUGCUCCGCCUCUCCCUAUGGGUCUCUUUCGCAGCCUGGAUAGCAAACUUCGACAACGGUUACACAGGCACCAUCUUGAUAAUGCCAUCCUACCGAAAAGCAUUCGGGACAUGCCACGAGCUCUUAGAUCCCACAACGGGCCAAAUAGUCGAACACUGCUCAAUAACACCACUCCAACAAUCCCUCAUCAGUCUGAAUUACAUGUUCAUCGGAAUUGGAGGAGGCCUGUCCGCACUGACGGGUAGAUAUACCGGCCGCCGGGGCGCGAUCCAAAUCGGAUGCGGACUUGCUAUUAUCGGAGCAGCUGGAAUGCUGGGUACAGGCAAUGGUUCGGCGAAGACUUUCUUGCACUAUAUGGUGUGCAAGUGUAUUAGUGCUAUUGGGAUUGGGCAGCUUAUUUCUGCUUCCUUGGCCUAUGGCUCCGAGUGCAUCGUUGCUAGCAAGCGCGGUCUCGCGCUGGGGCUAUACAACGUCGGCUUGGCGCUGGGUAAUCUUGCCUCGGCGGCUGUAUGUGCUGGAUCUGCACGUCUCGAGCCAGACAAUAAUUGGCAGUGGAAGACGCCUAUCCUAGCGCAGAUUCCACUUGGAAUUAUCCUCGGCGUGGGUAUCCUGAUGUUCCCCGAGUCUCCGCGCUGGAUCUUGAACGACGACGAGAACAGAGAAGAAGAAGCCCGCAGAGCAUUCAGUAUCUUAUACCGCAUUCCCGUCGAUUCCCUGGAGAUCACUGCUCAAAUUGAAGAUGUCAAAGCGCAUAUCAAAUCUGACCGUGUUAACGCUGCUGCUUCCUCUUGGUACGAGAUUUACACGAAACCCCAUUUCCGGCGGACGUGGACCUCGGCGUUGAUCAUGAUCGGGCUUUCGAUUACUGGUAUUCAAUUUGUCCAGCCCUACGCGACGACGUUUCUCAAGGGCGUUGGUAUUAGCGAUCCCUAUCUCAUCAACGUCAUCAUUGGACUCUGCAUUCUCGGUGGCUCAGGCCUUGGUCCCUUCAUUGUGGAAUAUGGAGGACGUCGAUUUGCUAUUCUCUCUGGGUAUAGCGCAAUGGCUAUUUGCAUGUUGAUUCUUUCCUCGGUCAGCACCGCGCUCGGCGCAGAUGGUGUCUCGAAGAUUGUCGUCGUCGUGUUGUUAUGCUUGUGGUCUUUUGUUUUUGGUGGAACUAUUGCGCCGAGUGCGGGUCUUGCCUCUGUGGAGAUGCACAGUGUCAGGCUUCGGACAUAUGGACAGGCGCACACGACAGUCCUGUACGGCAUCUUCUCUUUCGGCGCUACGUUUUGGACCCCGUAUAUGCUUGAUGCGGACCAUGGUAAUAUGGGUCCCAAUGUGGGAUAUUUCUACGCGGCCGUGACUGUGGUUAUUGGAGUGUUAGUCUGGUUUUCGGUGCCAGAGACUGCUAGUCUGACUCUGGAGCAGAUUGAUGAUGUUUUCAACUCGGGCAUUCGACCAUGGAAGACAUCUAUGGCAGCAAACAAGGCCAUGGCUCGGGCCAAGGCUCAACAAUUAACGGCGGAGUAG